UGCAAAUGUUUGGAUUUGAUUUUGCCGGCUGAACUGAUCUGACUUUGGUAAUUAAGGAAAUCAAGCCCAUUGAAAGACAUUUUCGACAGCUUCAUUUAGACUUGGAUAUAUUAAUCAGUAUUAAGUGCUGUUAUGCAAAGUCUGGCUUUGAUUGCCAUCCCUUUCAUUAAAAUAAAUGCAAGUUAUAUGCAAGCUCCUGUAUAGGACAGACUCUAGAGGACGUUUUAGGAACCACGCACAAUCAGCUAAGCAUUUGAGAACGUCGCUUACUAAGGAGGAUUAUUUAGUAAAGGCAAACCCAAGCAACCACUGCACAAAUUUGCAGCAUUUAAAUUUCUAUGGAAAAUGGACGAUAGCAGUCAGUUAAUUGUGACAGAGCAAUCAUCCCUUUCUAUGUCCAUGGAAGAAGAGUCCUCCAUACUCAAUAACAAUGGGAAAUUCAGCCAACUGGAACUGAGCUUACCAAUUGUUGAUGAAACCGUGACCGAGGAGAACAAUACAAGCAGCGUGGGUGGCAUAAAAUUGAGUAUAACAAUGGAUGAGGAUGAAAAGAACAUGCUUUCGAAACAAAAGGGUAGGAAUAUACGCAGCGAUACCCUCUUGGAAAACAUCUGUUAUGGAACUUCCAAAGAUAAAUCGAACACAAAACAAACUGCCGAUCCAAAAGUCCAAAGUAAAAGCAUGGCAGACGACAUAACUAUGGAAGAAGGUGAAGAAGAUGGCAGUAUUACUAGAACCAUAACGGAAACCGUGAAUGCAACUGAAAAAAGUCAACUCGAAGAGUUGAAUGAUACCGAAGAAAAAGAGGAUGAAGAAGACGAUAGCGUAAUUCCAGUAGAUGAAGACGAUGAUGAGGAAGGCGAGGAUUGUGAAGAAAGUACAUUACAAAAUAGCAAUUUAGAGGCCAGUAAUGCCACUGUUGCCAAUAAAAUGUUUCAACAUUUACAACCUCAAGAGAAAUCAAUUGCCAAAGAAGCCUCCGUUGAUUUGGAGGAAUCAAUGGAAACGGAAAAUGUAGAGCAAAGUGUGGAUAUACCUCAAGAUUCCUACAUUGAAACAGAAGACUCGUCACAGUUGUUACCCGAUGAAAAUGGAUUUUUCAAAUACCCCCUUGUAGAAUUAGGCAGACGACUAUGGCCAUCCACCGAACAAAAACAAUGUUAUACAAAAGGUUGCCUUUGGUCACCGGAUGGUACAUGUUUGCUGGUGCCUGUUCACAUGGAUGGUAUGCAUGUCUUGGAGUUACCCACAGAUUUAUAUACAACCCAGGAAUUGAAUGCCAAAAGAGAAUUAAGUCCAUUGAAUACGGCCGUCCACGUUAAGGAGGGUGGUAUGGUUUACGAUUGCUGCUGGUAUCCAUUUAUGGCAAGUACAGAUCCGGCAACAUGUUGCUGGCUGGCCACAAGACAACAUGAACCCAUACACAUGUGGGAUGCCUUUACGGGAGAACUGCGCUGUUCCUAUCGUGGUUAUGAUGAUGUCGAUGAAGUCGAAUCAGCCAUUGCGGUGGCCUUCAGUAAUGAUGGCCAAAAAAUCGUGGGAGGUUAUAAGAAAAAUAUCAAGAUAUUUGAUACAAAUGUACCAGGCCGAGAUUACACCAGUGUGCCGGUUAAGCAAACAGUUUCGUGUUUUGCCUUCAAUCAAGAAAACGAUAAUUGUGUUACAACAGGUUCCUGGAACAGCCAUAUAUAUCACUAUGAUUUGAGAGCCCCAAAAUUGGGUCCACUCUUCGUUUUGGGUGGUCAUACGGGUGGAGUAACAUGGCUUAAAUAUUCGUCCUAUAAUACCGAUAAUUGGUAUUUAUUUAGUGGUGCCAGAAAAGACAAUAAAAUCUUACAGUGGGAUAUGCGUAAUUAUCAAGAACCUGUGAAGAGCUACGAAAGGACAGUGAAGACAAAUCAAAGAAUUUAUUUUGAUUUGAGUCCGCUGGAGAAAUGGCUGAUAAGUGGAGAUACCGAAGGCUGCUUACGUAUAUGGGAUAUGGAUGAUAGGGAAGAAUUAAUGGAGAUACCUUUACAUUUUGAUUGUUGCAAUGGUGUUAGUUUCCAUCCUACAUUACCAAUUAUAAGUACCAGUUCGGGCCAGUACCAUUUCACGGAUACAAAUUUGGAGUCGGAUAAAAUAGAAGAAAAUUCUGCAGGGCAGAAGAUUGUAGAUUAUGAAAAUUCGGUGGUCUUUCUGUGGUUUGGUACUUCGUCGAAUGUGGACUAAGGUGCAUUAGUGUGUAAGUUAUAUUUGUUGUUUUUAUUGAAAUGAAUAACGAACUUGAAUUGGCAAGCGGAAAGAAUCUGACUUGAAAAAUAAAUUAUUUGAAAUUUGAUAAGAUAUUUAAAAUUUUCUCAUAGACGCAAGAUAUAUAAAAAUAUCAGCAGACCUGACGGAACUACAAGUAAAAACUAUAAAAAUAUGUGGGUUUCAGAGGUCUGCAAGAGAUUCAAUUAUUUAUAAAAAAUCCUCCAUCAAUUAUUUAUAAAAAAUCCUCCAUGAUCUGGAUCUUCAAAAAUAUACUUACAAAUUUUACGAUUUAAUAUCACAUCAAAUGCAAGAUGAAAGGUCUAAGGGCUUCAAUAAACAUACAUUAUACAAGAUCUCAGGGAGCUUCAAA